AUGCUGGGGGCCGGCCUCGGGCUCUUGGUUGGCACCCUGUGCUGUGCGGUCCGAGGGUACCCCAACACCUCCCCGCUGCUGGGCUCCAGCUGGGGCGGCCUGACCCACCUGUACACGGCCUCGGCCAGGAGCAGCUACCACCUGCAGAUCCAUACGGACGGCCACGUGGACGGCUCACCACAGCAGACCAUCUACAGUGCCCUGACGAUCAGAUCAGAGGACGCGGGCUUUGUGGUGAUAACAGGCGUGAUGAGCAGGCGAUACCUCUGCAUGGACGUCAGAGGCAACAUUUUUGGCUCACAUCACUUCAGCCCCGAGAGCUGCAGGUUCCGGCAGCGGACGCUGGAGAACGGCUACGACGUGUACCAGUCGCCGCAGCACCGCUUCCUGGUCAGCCUGGGCCGGGCCAAGAGGCCCUUCCUGCCGGGCACCAACCCGCCGCCGUUCUCGCAGUUCCUGUCGCGCAGGAACGAGAUCCCGCUGCUGCAGCUCGGCACGGCGCGGCCCCGGCGCCACACGCGCAGCGCGCCCGACGGCUGGGACCCGCUGAGCGUGCUGAAGCCGCGCGCCCGCGCCGCGCCCGCGCCCGCGCCCGCGUCCUGCUCGGGGGAGCUGCCCAGCGCCGAGGACGGCGGCCCCGCGCCCAGCGACCCGCUGGGCGUGCUCCGGGGUCACCGGCUGGACGCGCGCGCCGGGCCGGUGGGCGCCGAGCGGUGCCGGCCCUUCCCCGGGUUCGCCUAG